AUGAGCGACGGACCGCCGGCUGGCAAGAGGUCGCGACUCGAUGAGGAGGAGAAGCCAUCGGAGAUGCACGAAGACGCGUCGACGCAACUCGCCGCCUUGCGUUGCCUUGGAGCGCUGCCUGCGUCGCUGGGAGCUGAGUCGUCGUCGAGUGGCAACGGGUCGAGAGCCAGUCUUCGGCUGCUCAGCACCCAAGAGGAGAAGGAGCUCCGGAGGGACCGCGGCGAGCUCUUGCUUCGGCUCUUCCGAGACUCACCUUCGCUCGCGGUAAGACCGACAAACAACAUGUAGAAUCUAAAGAUAAUCGUCAAUUUACUAUCGAAAAAGUUUGGAGUUGGAGAUGCUCAAUUGGAAAGUUAUGAAGAAGUCGUGCUUAUUACAGAUUUGUGGUUUAGAUUUUGAAGACAUGCUAUCUCUCAACUCAAAGUUCGAAAAGAGUCUGAAAAACGACUGUGACUCACAUUAAAGAUGAUAAAAUCUUUUUCCUAUGACUCAACUUUGCAAAUGAUACAAUUAUCUUCAACUCCAAAAAUAUUUUUUCACCCAAAUUUUACAUUUUCCAAUAUUUCUGGCCCAAAUAUGGAUCCUCAUCGUCAAAAGAAAAGCUUCAGUUAAUGUUCAAGACCUAUAAAAUCUUAAAGUUAUUUUCCAGAGUACUUUAGGGUCUUAGGUGCAGUAAUAUCGAUGCUGUCUAACUCACUGAAUCUUUCAAACUUUUCCAGAAAUUUUUUGAAUCAUUUCUCCCUUAUUCAGCAUUCGGCGUCAGCUCGACGACUUGAAAAGAAUCAGGAACGAGCGGCGAUGUGGGAAAGCAUCACGGCCAAAGUAAACAGCGAGUUUGGCGACAAACUCGAAGUCCUGACUGUGGAGAAAGUCAAGAAACUACUGACAUACUACAAAAAGAAAGAGGACGGCAGCUAUGACAACAUGUAUGCUCCAUCGAACUUGUUCCUGUCAAAGAAAUGAUCUUCCAGAAGGCCGAAAACUGAACCUCCGGACGAGGGGACGUCGUCGACCUCGAUGGAAUCCGACUUUGGCUCUUCUUUGAACGAAGCCUGGGGUCGUAUCACCAUUGAGGAAAAUGCUGACAACAAGGAGCUUAUCGACUUUCUUGCGUUCGUUUCUUUUUAAUGAGCGGAAAUUUUCGGUUGAACUGCGAAAACCAUACAGCCCAAAAGAGUAUCCUGACUUUGUAACAAAAGUUUCAAAGAACAAAAUAAAAAUGAAAACUUCAUGGUGUUACUAGUUGAUUGAUUGACUUGCUCCAAUUCUUGAACACGAGAGAAGUCCAAACGACCUCAGAAAGGUCUCAAAAAGAACAUUCUAAAGUCAUUUUUCAGUUCGAAACCUUUUUCCGCAUUCUUCUUUUUUUUUUUGUCCUUUUUAGAACAACUUCAAAGAAAAAGCGUCUGUUAGGCCUUUCAGAAACCUUUUUUCCAAAUAUCACUUUUAGGUUUUUCUGGACUUCCAGUAAACUUGCUUCCCCAGGCCUCUCAGUUUUCAAAAUCGAAAAAUUUCAGGCUGAUGGCGUCGGAAGGAACGACGUCGCCGAGUGAAUCCUCGACUUCGAUCCGGACGCUGACGCCGACGACGGAGACCGGCUUCCAGCUGAAGAAAGACCGACACGACUACGUGGUGAACCUCGCCGAGCACUACAUGCAGCGGAUGUGCUUCGACAACUCCUCGCGGUGAGCCUGACCCCUCUGAACGACUCCAAUCAUCGAGACGGUCAGCAGGUCCGCGGCGGUGAACGCCGAGCGCCACAACAUGUGGAUCAACAUCGCCCACAAGGCCAACGAGCGCUUUGCCGACGCUCUGGGACCUCUCGGCGUUGAACAGGCCAAGAAACUCUACUCCAACUGCAAGCGGCGGCGGCGAGUUCGCAAGGAGAGGUCGGUCUAAGGAAAUAGAAAGAAUUUUCAAGAUAUCCGGAACGCUCUCAAUAUGACCGAUUCGAACAGUGUGAAAAAAAAGUUCGGUUAUUUUAUAGGAAAUUUUCGUUUCAAAGUCGUAUUGCUGUACGGAAAGUUGACAGUGAAGCUCAAAACUAAUAAAAUGUUAAAUUGAUUUUCGGAAAACAUCUUUUUUUCAAUGUCUUUCCCCUCAAGAUUUUUUUCUAUGAUGAAUCUUUAUAGUAUCUCGUUGAAACAGAUUAAAGUUGAAAAUCAUCAUUUUAAAAAAUUUUUUUAAUCUACUUCCCAAUUCAGAAGCGAAGAGGACAUGUGCCAGGCUUCACCACAAGGUUCUUCUGGAACUGAGCGCGAAGAAAUCAGCGACGACCCUCUGACCGACUUCAACUCCAACACCAGUUCGCUUCACUAUAUUUUCCCUUCAAAAACUAUCUUUUCUUCAAGAUUCAAACUCGACGGACCCUCUGGUGAGCAACUUCGAACAAUUGAUCCGAGGGCUCGACAGAAGCGCCGAAUUGGAUGAAAUGCGGAAUAAGUUGGCUGAGAAAGAGGCCGAAGUGGCGACGCUGAGAAAACGCGUCGCUGAGGUUACUAGGCAUAUUUCUGAACGUUGUGGUUAACUUUGUUGAAUUCAGCAAGCCGAAGAAUACGCCGUCAAGACAAAGGCCAUGCUGGAGUUGCUCAAAGUCGCCGUCGACAAGAAGACGUCCGACGAUAUCAAAUAUAUUCUAUCAAUUUGA